CUUCUGCAUUUAAUUAUCGUGGUUUAUGGAGAAAUUAAAAUUGCCAAAAGAUAAAAUUGAUAUCAUCUUAUAAUCACAUGAUCUACUUUGAUAGUAAACCUCUUGAAACCUUUAAUUGAAAGAUGUCAUUUCCUAACUUGCUUUUUGUUAGACAAGUGUUUUAUUUUUGUAUAUUAUUUGUGUAAAAAAACAUGGAAUCGAGUGAAAAAUUAAUAAAACAAGUGAUUUUAUUUGGAUUUGGAUUGAUUGGUUUAGCUACCGUGAUCAGUCAAUUGCUUAAAUGCAGAUUAAAACCCUUUGUAAAAGUUGGUGUUAUCCGUAAAUUAUUCAUCUAUCCAAUUAAAGCAUUGAAACCAGUUGAGUUGAGCCAGCUGGAAGUGUAUAAACGUGGAGUUCAUUGGAAACAAUUAAAGGACAGAGCUUUCAUGUUGGUAAAUCGUAAAAAUGUAAUGAUAACUCAACGAAUAGAGCCAACACUUGCUUUGUUAAAUGUUAAAUUGGACUUUCCAUACAUAAUUGUUUCAACACCAGACGAGACUGAUUCAGUUAAGAUCCCAAUAAGAGAUGAAGAUUAUGAAGAUGAAAACGUGGAAUCAUCCGAAAAAGGAGAAAUCGUUGAAACCAACAUUUGGGGUGACAAUAUUAAAGGAGUUGAUUGUGGAUCAAAAUAUGGUCAAUUUUUCUCCAAUUAUUUGGGUAAACCCGAUAUUAAAUUGAUACGAUUCGAUUCCAAAUUGGGCUACAGACCAUCACAGUAUUAUCGAGAUGGUAAACUUGGAAAGGACCAAAAUAUUGAGAUUAUGUAUCAUGAUACAUCAGUUAUUCACCUUGUCAACACUGAAUCAGUAGAAACUCUAAACUCAUGGAUUGAAAGCGAUGAAAAGGUUUCUUACAUGAAUUUUAGGCCUAACAUUCUUGUUGAAGCUGCUUCUUUCGAUGAAGAUGAUUGGGAAAAGAUGAGGAUCGGAUCUCUUGAAUUUCAACAAUUACUUAAAUGUGUUCGCUGUAGAGUAACCACCGUUGACAGAGACAAAGGCACUUUCAUGAAAGAACCGUUGGUUGCUUUAAAAAGACAUCGUUUACCUAAAAAUGAGGAUUUGGGUUACAUUGAAGCUCCUGGAUCUAAUGGAAAACUGACAUUACCAUUAAUGGGAGUAUUUUUCAAUCCAGAAUCAGAAGGCGAGAUUUCUGUUGGCGAUGAGGUUUGGGCCUCGCAUAAACACAAAAGUUGGUUUUAAUUGCUAACCAAUCAUUAACCAAACAGUGGAAUGAGUAAUAUUUUGGGAAAGAACUGGUUCGAUCAUUUGCUAAAACUAAUUGAUGCAUAUGAGUUAAAGAUAAUUUGAAUACAAUUGUUAUCAAGUUAUGGGCGAAGCUAUAUUCAAUAAGCUUUUGAUUGAUGAUUAAUGAUUUUUGAAACAAAUGAAAUGUUAAAAAUGAUCUUGAUUAGGAUACGGAUUGAUAAGUAGCUCAAUAAAUGUACUUUUUUUAUUAAACUGUUUAUUAAAGUCCAUUCAA